GUUUAAUAUCUCGGAAACAAAUAUACUGUUGAUCAUUGAUUUCCUGAUCAAAAUCUGCUCAAUUUAUUUAUGUUUUAAUUCUGCCUUCUUUUUGCAUUGAGUGUGUUAUAAUGGACUAUAAUUGGAAUACUAAGCCUUGUAAAGGUCGAAGGACUUUUUUGAUCCAAUGCCUAAAAGUCGAGUCUUGAUAGUGUUUGCCGAAAGACUGUGAAAAUUUUCUUAAAUAUCCGUUAAAUAAUAAUCAUGGAGUGGAAUGAACAAUAUGCACAAUCGGUGAGUGGUUUGAAAACUGAGAAUUUUGAUGUGGGGUCGACGGUUAAACAAGAAAAAUUCGACAUGGUUGCAACCACAGCCCAGAAUGAGGUAAUCGUUUCAUUAGCAAGUGAUGGGAGUGCUACAAUAAUGUCCCCUGGGGAAAUGAGUAAUGGGAGCUUGCAGGUUCCGUCAAGUGAUGGGCUAACAGGCUCACCAUCAGUCAAAGAUCUUGAACGGUUUAAUUGUCUAUCAGAAGAGGAACUGAAAAAUAAAUCUCUUCCAGAUCACUUGAAAGAAGGACUUGAUAUUGUAAUAGUGGGGAUCAAUCCUAGUUUGGCUUCAGCACACGUGGGACAUCAUUAUGCUGGACCUGGAAACCACUUUUGGACAUGUUUAUCACAGGCUGGUUUGGUUCCAAUGGCUGUUAGUUGCUAUGAUGAUUCAAAAAUGCUGGAUUAUGGUAUUGGAUUUACAAAUGUCUGCACUAGACCGACGAAAGGUGCAGCUGAACUCACACGCAAAGAAAUGAAAGCUGGUGCAGCUAUAAUGCUUGAAAAAAUGAGGAAGUAUAAACCUAAAAUUGCUGUUUUUAACGGCAAAGGCAUUUAUGAGGCAUAUGUUGGGCACAAAAAUUUCUGUAUGGGUAGACAGCCAACAACUUUGGACGGUACAGACACAAUAAUUUUUGUUAUGCCUUCUUCUAGUGCACGUUGUGCGCAACUCCCACGUGCUGAAGAUAAACUUCCUUUCUUUUUGGCGCUAAGAAAACUACGUGAUUAUGUACGUGGUGAUUUAGCAGAACUGCCAGAUUCUGAGGUUGUAUUCGCCGACUAUACAGAAUUUCGUGUUACUCAACCGGAUCCCAAGAGUUUGCGUAAAGCAGAAAGACGUCGGAAACGAAAGGCAGAGGCGGCAGCAGCCGCGGCCGCCGCCGCAGCGCUCGCCGCCAACUCCGGUGAUGGCACUCUAAUGAAUGGGAUUGUUUCAAGUCAAGUUAUAUCUAGUGAUGGUGUUACUGUCACUACUGUCACCCAAGCUGCUAAUGGUAUUUCAAUCGACGCCAAAGGGAAACCAAAAUUAAAACCUGCUAAACGUAAAAAGCCAUCAGACAAUCUUGUCACAAUAGCACAAUCACAAGCUAUGCCAGUACAACAACUCAGUGCUGGUGCUACUGCUACUACUACUGCUAAUGUAGUAUUUACAAAUUGUACAACAGAUCUACAACUCCAACAGCAACAACAACAACAAGUCCUACAACAACAAGUUUUCCAACAACAACAACAGCAGCAACAACAACAAGCCUUUCUUAUACAACAACACCAUCAGCAACAACAAUUACAACAACAGUUUACCCAGUCAGCUCAACAACAACAGCAGCAACAAGCUCUACAACAACAACAGCAACAACCACAGCAUCAAAUGCUAGUUAGUGGAGGUCAUUUUAUGUCAGCUGCACCAAUGGUCACCUUGUCGACAAUGGCUGCAGGACCUGGUGGCACAGCGACUGCUAUUCCUGUUCACCCUGGUACUCAAGCAGCUGUAGCAGCUGGUUGUUACGCAACACCUCAAUUCCAGUUCACUGGUAAUCCAGCAGGCACAACUCAACAGUUCUUCAUUAGUCCUCAAGCUUCAGCAUUGUCUACAGGUGGUCAAACACUCUUACAAUGGUCUGCAACUCCAUGUACUCAAGCCGGUCCUACAGCUGUUCAAUUUCAACAGCCUAACCAACAGCAACAACAACAGCAGCAAGCAGUUGCUGCAACAUGGCAAAAUGUUGGUGCAACAAUCUAUCAACAUCAACAACAACAAAAUCAACAAGUUGGUACAGCUAUUCAAUCGGCUCCUGGAGGUGUUGCUACUUCAGGUGCCAAUGCAACAGCCAAUGCACAACAACAACAACAGCAGCAACAGCAAAUGUUUGCUCAACAGCAACAACAAGGAGCUAUGCAACAAGCUCAAGUUCAAAUGGCUCAGCAAGCCCAACAACAAUUACUUUUUGCACCUCAACAUCCAGUUGGGAUACAAGCUGCUGGGGCUCCACAGGCGGCCUAUCCACAACAGGUGUAUUUAGCUCAGGCUCCGGCGGGUGCUAAUCCUGGUGGGACUUCUUACCACCUUCUUCCUGUUGGUUGUCCUGCUCCAAAUUUCACAAGUUUAUUACUUUCUGAGCAACAGCAACAACAACACCAGCAAGCAUUAGCACAAUGCUCUUCAGCGAAUGCUGCAGUACAACUGCAACGAACUCAGCAAAGUCUUCAAGUUCAACAGCAACAGCAGCAGCAACAACAACAACAGCAACAACAACAACAACAACAGACUAAUGGACGUUCACUUCCAACCGUUUCAGCAGCAGCAGCUACUGCUGCAUUCUUCUCUGGGACAGCUAUCUCUUCCGGUACAAUUCCACUUGUACAACCAGCAGCUGGUAUAGAAGAUCUAGUACAGUCUACAAAUAACAAUUGUUUGAAUGCAUUAGGUAGUGGAGAUGAAAAGUUGGUAUACACAGCCCUAUAGAAGAAAAAAAUUAAAUUAUUUAUUUAUUUAUUUCUAUAUCAAAUGCAUUUUCAAUUUUUUUUAAAACUUUUUAACUGUUUUACACACAAACACACACAGAUCCCCCCGCACUAAUUACAGUGUAUGUAUGUACUACACUUAUUCUUCACAGAUAUUUUUUUCGUUUGUUGUUUUCUUUUUGUAUCUUUAAGCUUAUAUUAUUAUUAAUACUAUUACCCUAACGACAAUGUGUAAUAAUAAUAAUAAUACAAGCUUAUUUUAUCCUCUUUUUUCAAAAAUUGUAUUUUGGCGCUUACGGAAGACAAUCGUUUUUAUUUGAUUUCUUUAUCAGAAAACUAUACUGUGCAUUAUAUAUCAUAUACACACACACUCAAAUGUGUUCAGUCCCGUAUUUUCCCCUUCCAUUCUUUUUGUUUUAUAAAAACCAUCCUUCGUUUUUGUAUUUUUUAGAAAAAUGUAAUUUAAUGAUGAUGAUUAUGACUAUCAUGAUUACGUAAUCUUUUUGCAAUUGACUAACAGAUUGUGUUUGUGUAAUCAAAACCGACGACGACGACGAC